GAUUUCUUUAAUACCCUUGUAGGUUUCUCACCACAAAUUUAAUUAUCAAGCAUUUUACGAAACAUUCUUUUCCCUUUCCUUUUGCGAACUGUUCAUUAGUAUAUAUACACCUAAUCUUAAGAUUGUUGAGAGGCAAAGCUCAAACAUUUCGUUUCCAGUCUAUUCUUGUGCCUUUGCUCGCCCAUAACAGGUUUUUUUAUUUGAAACGUUGCAACAUGGGAGAUAGGUUACGUGUGGCUGUAGGAAUAAUGGGGAAUGGCGCGGCUUUGCUGCUUUAUGCUGUACCCAUAAUAACUUUUACAAGGGUGCUAAGAAAGAAAAACACUGAAGAUUUUUCCUGCGUUCCGUACAUCGUUGCAUUGCUGAAUUGUUUCCUCUAUGCUUGGUACGGCUUGCCGAUUGUGAGCUGUGGCUGGGAAAAUUUCACCAUUGUCUCAAUAAAUGCCAUUGGGGUUCUUUUGGAGCUCUCCUUCAUCUCUAUAUAUUUACGUUUUGCUCCAGUCAAUGCAAAGAAAAAGGUUGGAAUAUUGACAGCACUAGUCAUCCUUAUAUGUUGUGCCACUGCUAUAUCAUCAGCCUUAGCAAUUCACGAUCAUCCCCACCGGAAAAUAUUUGUGGGGAGUAUGGGAGUAAUAGCCUCCGUGGCAAUGUACACUUCUCCUCUGGUGGUUGUGAAACAAGUGAUACAAACCAAGAGCGUCAAAUUUAUGCCAUUCUACUUGUCCCUUUUCACGUUUCUUUCUAGCACGCUGUGGAUGACCUAUGGAUUCCUAAGCCAUGAUUAUUUCAUUGGGUCUCCUAAUAUGAUUGGAAGCCCUAUAGGACUCUUGCAGCUCUUGCUCUAUUGCAAGUACAGAAAACAUUUUACCAUGGAUGUACCAUCAAGCUUGGAUGUAGAGAAAAACGGUGAGAAAAUUAACCAAGAGGUGCUAUCCCAUGCUGAGGACAAUCAUGACAAUGCAAAAGAACAGUUGCAGCCCGUGCUUAGUGAGGACACCAAAGGAAAAAUGUGAACAUGCAUGGACUUCUCAGCAAUCACUAAUAGAGAUGAAGAAAAUAGGUUUUUGAGAAUAUGUUCCCACAUGUUCUUGUUCUCUUUGCAUUUUACCGUCAUGAAAUUUUCUGACUGAGUUUUUACAGUCAAUGUUUGCUGUGAGAUUUUUCAGUGAAUUCCAUAAUAUUGUAGUGAAGUGACAGAGCCAAUCUAUUCUGAACA